AUGGUUGGCAAUACGGAACACUACACGGCAUCUGAUUGGGUCGAUGACAUCAAACUGGCUCAAGAGGCUCAUAUCGACGCCUUUGCCCUGAAUAUGGCCAAGGGAGAGCCUAUGAACACCAAGGCCAUAGCCGAUGCUUUCUCAAAUGCGGAGGCUCUAGGAUUCAAGCUGUUCUUCUCUUUCGAUUAUGCCGGCCGGGGUCCCUUUUCUAAGGACGAAGUGAUCUCCUGGAUUAAUAAGUACGCUCCUAGUAGUGCCUACUUUAGACACCAAGGAAAGCCUUUCGUCUCGACAUUCGAAGGACCCGACCAAGCUGAGGAUUGGGUCGAUAUCAAAGCUACUACUGGAUGCUUCUUUGUGCCUGACUGGUCCUCUUUGGGGGCCGGUCCUGCUGUUGAGAAAGCAGGUGGUGUUGUUGAUGGGCUCUUCAGUUGGGCUGGCUGGCCAUGGGGCGAUCAGGACAUGGACACUUACGUCGAUGCCUCCUAUAGGAGAGCUUUGGACGGCAAAGCCUACAUGAUGCCUGUCUCCCCAUGGUUCUACACCAAUCUCCCUGGGUAUAGCAAAAAUUGGCUGUGGCGCGGGGAUCAUCUUUGGUUCGAUCGGUGGAUCCAAGUCAAUACUUUGAUGCCCGAGUUCGUUCAGAUCAUUUCGUGGAACGACUACGGCGAGAGCCAUCACAUUGGGCCGAUCCGAGAUCACGCCCUUGUGGCUUUCGAUACUGGGAAAGCACCUUACCGAUACUCCCUCGACCACCAUGGCUGGCGGGUGCUUCUCCCGUUCGCUAUAGAUCGAUACAAGAACAAUAAGGCAACAAUCACUUCUGAGGGCGUCUCAUUCUGGUAUCGUACGACCCCAAAAGAUGCUUACGGCACGGGGGGUACCACGGGCAACACAGUCUCACAGCUCCAGAUGGAGUUUCAGCCCAAUGACAUUAUCCAAGACUCGGUCUUCUUCACCGUUCUUUCGACUGAUACCGUUUCUGUCACCGUCUCUAUUGGGAGCAUGUCCUCCAAGGGAAUCUUGAGAGAUUUGCCUGAUGGUGGGGCCGGCCUCUAUCAUGGCAGCGCACCAUUCAAUGGGCGCACAGGAGACGUACGGAUCACCGUCACGCGAAAGAGUGUGACCAUCGCCGACGAGACUGGCCCCGCGAUCAAGAACGACUGUCACAACAGCAUAACAGGAUUCGACGCCUGGGCUGGUGGCGGCCUUACCUCGAGAGCCCCUAGUGCCGUCGACACGCCUUCUUUGGAGAACGAAGUGUGUAUUCGCGGCACUGGCGCGAACGACUUCGAUGUCUUGUGUCGGACCACAUGCUACUGGGGCUACUGUCCUGAGAGUGCUUGUGUUUGCAGAGCCACGGGCGCUCAGAUUAAGCUGCCUCCAGAGACUCCCGGAGAGGUCCACCCGGCCGAGGGGUUGAACUCGAAUUACAUCGGUCUUUGCAACUAUGCUUGCCUCUACGGAGCCUGCUUCUCAACCUACUGCGGCAAGGAUGAGUACCCCCUGAUCGAACCGACUGUGCAAGUGUACAGGGCAAGGUUCUCUCAACCUGAUGAACCCGUCUCAGGCGACUAA